AUGACCUACUCCGACCCUACAUGGACCAUAUCGAUAACUAAAAGUUGUCCGAAUAGUUCAUGGAGAAUGUUCGCAAGACCAGCAGGACCGUUUUGUAUAAAGGUAACGAGCUCAAACCAAGGGGUCUCCAGAAACAAUGCUACUGUUAUUUGCAAUACAACAACCAACGCUUGGUUGACAGGUUUCAAUGGAAUCGCAGAGUUUAAUUAUAUUUUUGACACCGCCCGAUCGCUAUUCCCAACGCCGCUCAACUACCAAUACCUGUCAGUUUGGUUUAGUGGACUCAUGAGAUCCACGUGCGCUGAUACUCCACAAACAACGAAUUGUACAGGAUUUGCUGCUUUCGGAGAAUUCCCAUCUCAAACAAACUGGGACCUAUACAAGUUCCCAUCUGGUUAUCCAAACUUCACGAUUCUGUCAUCUGGAUACUAUCAAAGGUGUCUACAAUUAGCAUGGAGUCAAGAAUUGACAGCUUAUAAUGGAAUGGUCAUUAAUGCGGCAUGUGAAUUCGCUUGCAAUGGAGAAAACAAAAUUUGUGCGUUUUCGUAUGCUUGUGGCGUUUUGGCCAGUUGA